AUGGGAUCAGAGCCGAUGGAGAUGCGAAAGAGGCAGAUGUCGGUGCAGCAGGAAUCGGCAGCGGGCGGGACUGCACUGGCCCACCAGGGCCAGCCGGGCCAGGCCAACCCGCGGGGUUCCAACGCCUGCUGCUUCUGUUGGUGCUGCUGCUGUAGCUGCUCUUGGAACGAGGACAGAGACGAGAGGAAUCGGAAGACCUCGUACGAUGUCAAGGAAGGGACCGCGGACUGUGAAGACUGCCCCAAGCCCACGCUGGAGGAGGUGAGCUCUUGGGCCCAGUCCUUUGACAAGCUCAUGAGCUGCCCGGCCGGACGCAACUCUUUCCGUCAAUUCCUGCGCACCGAGUUCAGCGAGGAGAACAUGUUAUUCUGGCUCGCCUGCCAGGAGUUCGCCAAGGAGAGCAACAAGGGCUCAGUGGAGGAGAAGGCCCGUGCCAUCUACGAGGACUACAUCUCCAUCCUCUCCCCGAAAGAGGUGAGUCUGGACUCCCGAGUGCGGGAAUCCAUCAAUCGCAACAUGCAGGAGCCCACGUCGCACACGUUCGACGACGCCCAGCUCCAGAUCUACACGCUCAUGCAAAGAGACUCGUACCCUCGCUACAUGAACUCCCAGGCCUACAGAAACCUGCUCAACGCUCUGUCCGAGCAGUCACCUGAAUCGUAG